AGUACGGGGCCGGGGGCCCCAGCACUACUGAGCAAAACACUCAGAGAUUCAGUAGCUUACGAGAAGCCUCACGGUUGAGUUUGCGGUUGUUUCGCGCCGUCUGUUUGAAACAGAGCUGUUGAGAAGAUAACUGUAAAUUCACCGUGUGCAGGAAGUGACAGGCGUGUGUAUGGACCUAAGUACCCUAUACCGGUUGCAAAUUCAGUUCGCGAGUGACACUUUGGUUUUUCGAACGUCAAUUUGACUGGGCCCUGUUUGGGCUUUCGUAUCGCUGAACAAUCAACCUGUCAUUUGAUUUGUGAAAACGACACAAUCAUCUAUUUGCGUUUAAUACGUGUGGAUCUCUAUUCACGUUCAACCUGGAAGUCUCUCGUGUAGAUCCUCGAUGAUUGUCCGACGUGGAGUAAGGACAAGGUAAAUGAUGAGUUUACAAUUGCGGGACCACAGUUGGAUUUAACACAAUUUUUCCUUCGAAUUUUCUGUUGGCCGACGUUUUCAAGUACUCUUAUAAGUAUGAUACUCUUGUGAUCGUUACAAGCGUGUUUCGGUUUUACGUUGUUUUUUUUUUUUUUUUUUUUUUUUGGUUGCAACUUAUUGUGUCGCGAGCAACUUGACUGUACUCGUAGCGGCGAAGCUCGCUUACCCCACUUCGAUGUAGUGGUAGUGUAAGUGAUAAACGUCGUGCAUCGCUCCUACCAUCAGGUCACGAUGCCAAAGAUCUUUUUGAUCAAGAAUCGAUUGCACCAGCAGCAAUUGCGGCUGCUGGAAUCGCAACAUCCCAGCAAAAGUCCACCACUUGGCAGCGGCAAGGACAGCCCGCUUGGUAGCUCGGAGCCUCUAAGUCUCAUAGUCAACAAGGAUCAAUAUCGCGACAAAACCGACGAUGACCGUGCAACGACCCCGGAGUCCUUACGGAGUAACAGUCCAGCGCUGUCGCCGCCGCCUACGCAGCAACCGGCGAGCAACGCGAGCAACCCGGCACCCAGACGAUUCAUCUCCAGCAUCCUCGGCGGCGACGUGCCGUACGGCAGCAGGCGUCACGUGCUCACCCGGGCGGAACGGAAGGAGUACAGCAGCCCGCCGAUAGCCUCGGACGAUCCACCCCAGUUCCUGUCCAAGUCGGAAAGAAUCGCUCUGCCGAGGCCGCAGACUCCGCCGAAGGCGCCCCGAAUCGAGCCACCUACCAGAGUUUCAGUUAUCCAGAGGGUGCCGUCACAAGGUCAAUCCGCUUCUAGAAAAGAAGGGAAUAAGAUCGAGAUCGAGAGAGUCGAUCCAGUGCAAGCUCCCGAACCAGAGCAGGAACAACCUAUCGACUACGCCGUGCCGAAACGGAAAGAGGAAGACGAGGAAAAAUGUCGCGAUGGCGCGAUGGCAUCCCGCAAUUCCGGCAUCUCCAUUGCGAGAUCUCUGCUAGCCGUUAAACUGUCCGGCUCUCAGGCGGCGGUGCAGGCAGCCGCAGGCCAUGGUAGAUCAUCGAACUCGGGCAACAGCGGCUCCUCCGGCGGUGGCAACGGUGGUUCCAGCACUUCCUCGCAGUCCAACAGCGGCAUUGGCGGAUGCGGAAGCGGAGCGAUGAUCGGCGGCGGAGGCGGAGGUGGCGGCGGGGGUGGCGGUGCCGUGGGUGGCGGCGCAGGAGCGGGUGGCAUGCCUCCUGGGGGUAACGGAGGUCGCGGUAAUUACGGGCCGAGCUCGCCGCCGACGGGAUCCCUGCCGCCGUUCUACGAGUCCCUCAAGGGUGGCAAUAAUCUCGCCAACUUUGCCAAUCAGUACAACAGCGCCCAAGGAAAUGCAUAUCUAACACCAUUAACGGCAGUUGGGAUCGAAUGUGAUACCGGCCAACAGGACAAUUCUCAGCACGCACAGUACAACGCGCAGGAAGGCAAACAAUAUUCUCUCCUUCAAAAUGUCUGCGCAAAUGUAUGCGCGUCCUACGGCUUGACGUUCAAAGAAGAAGAUGAGGAGUUGGGAGCUUACAAGAUUCAACCUGAUCUAUUGUCUAGCCAGUAUGCUUCCUAUGAUGUCACCGACGCGGGCAUGAUGGUGGACAUGGUGACGGGCGCCGUGGUGGACCCGUUGCAAUUCACUACCGGUACCCUGACUUUCAACUCGCCCUCCGAUCACACGGCAUUACUGGAGAGCCUCAGCGAUGCCGCCGACCUUUUGUUGCCCAGGUUGCAGACCGAGGACGGAGGCAGCGAUCUUUUAGAAGAAUCGUUGCACUCGCCCGCCUCGACUGGCAGCAGCGGAAUCGGUCAAGAUGCCGGUCAAAUGACCACUCCCGUCGAGCCCAGCGUCGAUCCUUUCCCCGAGCAUAGCAUGGCCUUGACCAGAGGUUUUGACACCAGACACUAUACGACUCCUCAACACUUUAAUGCUUCCAAGCUCUCGAGCUUAAAUUAUGCGACUGGAGAAUCGAAUUAUCAGCCAUUGUCGAAGGAACGCCAGGAACUCGCGUUGCACGUCAAUCAAAAUCAGCAGCACCAACAAGAUCAGCAGCUGCAAAUUCAAGUUCAAUUGCAACAGCAGAAGCAAACUGCCGCGUCGCCGCACCAGCAACAGCAACAUCAAGGUCUUCUAAGCCCCGGAUUGAAUUUUGCCAAUAGUGGUUUAGAGUUGGACUCUAGUAGCAGCGUGGGUGGAAGUCUGCCCAGUCCUGGCACUGCUAGCUGUUCUUUGGAUGGGACCUCGUCGGGCACUUCACCGUCGUGCGCAUUAGCGGAACACGCGCAUAGUCCGGUCGUAUCACCAACCACGGUCGCAGGGCAAACCGCUGGACCAGUUGGAGAACCUCCUCUUUCGCAACGGGUCGGUGUACUUCAACAAAGGCUGGGUUUACCGAAUGACUGUCAGCUAGAAUUUGUUAACGGUGGUCAUGGCAUAAAGAAUCCUUUAGCCGUCGAGGGUCAAAGGCAGGCUCCAACUACUCGAGAUGAAGAGAGAGCGAAUCGAACUCCGCCUGCCAAGGUAACACAGGAUGACGAUCCCAAUCGCUUCACUUGCCGUGUGUGUAGCAAAAACUUUAGUCUCCAGCGGCUUCUUAAUCGUCACAUGAAGUGUCACAGCGACGUAAAGCGUUAUCUUUGCACAUUCUGUGGAAAGGGCUUUAACGACACUUUCGACCUCAAGAGGCAUACGAGAACGCAUACGGGAGUACGACCUUACAAAUGUUUCCUUUGCGAAAAGAGUUUCACGCAAAGGUGCUCCCUGGAAAGUCACGGCCAGAAGGUCCAUGGCGUUCAGCAUCAAUAUGCCUACAAAGAGCGACGUGCUAAGAUGUACGUUUGCGAGGAAUGCGGACAUACCACGCAUGAGCCAGAAGUACACUAUCUGCAUCUGAAGGAGCAGCAUCCUUAUAGUCCGGCGCUACUAAAGUUCUACGACAAGCGGCACUUCAAGUUCACCAAUAGUAACUUCGCCAAUAUGUUGCUCCAGGGUGGCCUGUUGCAACGGGACUCGCGGAAUACGGACAGCUGCGGCCUCGCGGAGCGACGAGAGACGGUCUCGAAGAGCACCGAGGCGACACGCCAACAGACCACGACCAGCUUUUAAAUCCAUCACCUUGAACCUGGCGACCCGGGCGAGUGACGUCGCGCGAAAAAAGUACCUGCAGGUGGCUCCCAUAGCGGUGACACUGGAACACACAACAUCCAAGUCCGAAGGCGACAGGAUCGCAUCGCGUAGGAUCCGUGUGAUCGAUUAGAUUCCGCCGCUUCAAAUUCAUGGGUAGAGGAGGAAGGCGAGAAGAGGACGAGAAGAAAAAAUAACACACAAAAGAGUAAGAGAGCCGCGGUAAUAACAAGCGAUCGCGAAAUACUGUCUACAUGGUACAUUUCGUGUGAUCGAACAAUUGUUAUAUUAUAGCUUUUCUUUUACUUCUCUUGGAACUUGUAUGAUUAAGUUCAUACGUUAUUCUUUCUUUCUCGGACAGUUCUCUAAAGAAGAUGGUACCAAUGAAACAGACACGGAAAAUUCAUAUUUGAGAAGGAAUAGUACGCAUAGCGUUCGCCGUAUUGAGCAAAAAGAUCAUUUUUUUUAUUUAUUAAAGUGAUUCACAUGAAUGAUACACAUCGUUUUUAAAUUAUAAUAUCUAUAUAUAUAUAUAAUAUAUAUAUAUAUAUAUAGUGCGAUUAUUUUCUAUGCGUCGAGCAGAGAAUUUUUAAAACGGACUUGUAAUUAUAAAUCUCGCUUCUACCCAACAUUUUCGGACAAUGUUCUGAAUGUUUUAAUUAUUUUUUAGAAUAUCUUCUUUUUAUAGUUUGUAGUAUUUUUAACUGUUUAGUUAAUUCAGAUUAACUAUACGGUUAAUUAACAUUUAAUUUAAUAAAAUCUUAGAAUAUAACGACUGAUACUGAAUUACAAAGAAAAUGCAUAGAACAUACGUAUACUCAUUUACACGCGUCGAGGAUGCGCACGUGCGCAUGCAAAAUACAUACAUACAAUUACACACCGUUAAAUGCAAUUGCAUAUGUAGAUUUUAGAUGGAAUAUUAAUAGUGGGCCGGAGGCGCGACACCGAGCAGACCCAAAGACUCGGAUAGAACGUUUCAGGAAUGCGGAUCAUCCUCGGCGCAUGAGCCGAGGACAGGGAGAAGAGCGCGAUACGGAUGAUUUUUUUUUCUCAGAGAUUUACGGCGAGUUACGUUACUUUUCGACUCGAUGGGUGAACAUGCGCGCGAAAAAUGGAAUUCUUGACGUCGCGAUUAUUAGGAAGGAAUGUAGUUUUCCGAUCGCGAUUUACGUCACGAAUUUUCCAUUAUUUUUGAUCGGAGCAUUGGGGAUAUACGAGAGAAUUUUCAAGUUGCUUAAACGCGUUGCAAAGCAGAACAAGACUCUCAGUCGAUGGACUGACCUUGCACUUUACCAUUAUUGAAAAAAUCGAGAAUUUCAACUGUCGAUGUUUAGAAGAAUAAUCAGAGAGAGAGUCAAUUUCUUUUAUUUUCAUGGGACAUGAGAUAGUUCAAAUAUUUUCUCGAUUCAUGCUCUUAACUUGAAUGGCACAUGAAAUGGUGUUUCGUUUUUUUUCGUUUUCUCUAACACAAUAACUAGACUUCGGAUUAUAUGCAAAUUACAUAUUUGUUACUUUUUGCACAUUUUACGACAACAUGUCGACGACAUGUGUGAUAAUGUGAAAAAAUUAUAAUAGUUUCAACUAAUUAAUGUUUAUUAAUUGAAAAAAUUAUAAUUUAUUCACAUUCAUGUUCUUGUAGAAUACGCAAAAAUAACAAAUAUGCAAUUUGCAUAUAAUCCGAAAUCUAACGAUAACAAAUACGAAUAGUAAGAAUAGAAUACUAGUUUAGAAGAAAACUACUAUAUUAUUUGAAACACUUGAAAAGAGGAAAUUGACUGUAAUUAAAAUUAAUAUUUUUAUUUUGUCCUUAAUAUAAUCGAUGAUUUUAUUAUUGAGUCGAGACGUCUUUCAACUGAAAGAAGAUAAAUUAAAUCAGUCACUAUAUAAUGGAAAUACAAUAUCGCUGCUUUUUUAAUUAAAAGUUUUAAUUAAAAAUUUUAAUUUAGUUAUCCUUACAGGGAUUAUAUUUCUAAACACUGAUAGUAUAAAUAUCCGUACACACACAUAUAUAUAUAUUUAUAUAUAUGUACGUAUGUGUAUGUAUAACAUAUAAUAAAGUCCCCAACCGACGCGCACUUUGGGUAAUCUGUGAUAUGAUAAGAGUAACAGAACAAUUCACUCGCUCCUUUACGCACCCGACUUAGCUUUUCCGCUCUUGCACCAUGGUUCUUUGGGCUUGGGGAUGGGACAGGAGAGGCACCCAUACACACUGAUUUCACACUUAAACACACACACACAUACACACACAUGUAUACACACGAAAAACACAUAAAACGGGAUUUCGUGCAAUUUUAAGGUGGUAGGACUUGGAUCGGGCAUAACCGGUAAUAUAUUUCAGCUCGAUUCUUUCCAUCGUAAAUACACGAGUCGUAGAUUCGCUCUUUGCGGUGAAAGUAUAAAUUUGCGAGCUUUAAAUCUAUAAAGCGUUCUCAAUACUGUGUUGGUCGACGAGCUAAUUGCGAGAUUGGAAAAUUAACCCUUUGAAACGCAAUAGUUGUGUUACGGCACAUAAUUUUUCUGUUUACGCAACAUUUUACACAUAACGGCGUCACAUCUCUGCAUUACAUUCAUUAACAUUACAUCGAACUAAUAACAUCGAGAAAAUAUAUUUAUCUGUAUUAUAUAGAUUAUACAUUUUGUUUUAUAUA